AUGCCGCCGCAAAUCAAGCAGGACCUCAACCGGUCCGGAUGGGAGACCACCGACUUUCCCUCGGUCUGCGAACGAUGCCUUCCCGACAACCCAUACGUGCAGAUGCUCAAGGAAGACCACGGUGCCGAGUGCAAGAUCUGCACGCGACCCUUCACCAUCUUCAGGUGGAAGGCUGACCGGACGUCGCGCCAGAAGCGCACAAGCAUCUGCCUGACGUGUGCGCGCCUGAAGAACUGCUGCCAGUGCUGCAUGCUGGACCUGUCAUUCGGCCUGCCCAUUACCAUCAGAGAUGCCGCCCUCAAAAUGGUCGCCCCGGGUCCCAACAGCAGCAUAAACCGGGAGUACUAUGCACAGGAGCAUGAGAAGGAGAUUGAGGAGGGCAGAGGCGCGGUUGAGGAGUACGAGAAGACGGACGAGAAGGCCAGGGAGCUGUUGCGUCGCCUUGCCACCAGCGAACCCUACUACAAGAAACAGCGGAGGCUCGAGUUGGAAGGUGGAGAGAGUGGACAAAAAGCGCUGCCUGCACCGGAAGGAGCCAAGCAUACACCUGGACCUGUUCGGACUCGGGAUACGAGAGUUGCGCCCGCAGGCGCAAAACUUGCGGCUGGACGAGGCCCUGCCGGCCGCGGCAGAGGUGGACGAGGAUUUGCGCAGCUCCCACCGCAGCCCCAAGACAUCCUGCCUCCUGCCGACAAGAACAUCACCUCUCUUUUUGUCACUGGCGUUGAGGAUGACCUCCCCGAACACGAACUGCGGAGCUUCUUCUCGAAACAUGGCCAGCUCCGAUCUCUUAUCUGCUCGCAUAGAUCUCACUGUGCAUUUGUCAACUACGCCAAGAGGACGGAUGCCGAGGCCGCCGCGGAAGCCUGCCAGGGCAAGGCGGUGGUUAAGGGUGUACCGCUCAGAGUACAAUGGGGACGACCGAAGCCGCUGGACACUAUGGAUCGCGAGGAGCGCAUUGCACACGCAAAGGCGGGGAGGCAGACAAGGGAUGCUAUUGCAACUUCUCAUGGUGGAAAGGGUGCUAUCAGUGCAGGACCCUCAUCGGCAGCUGCAGCUGGUACGGAUGACCUCGAAGACCUGAGUGCCAUCGCACCACCGCCGGGUUCGGAGGAUGUCAACUAUGCUAGUCUGGCUGGUAACUAA